CCCUACUACCCGUUUAGUGGACGGAAAGAGUGGGAGGUCGCAUCUUGGCUACUGCAUUCAGGCCUGAGCAUGGGUAAAAUUGAUUCAUUUUUAUCACUAGAGAUGAUCAAGGCCCUCUCCUUGUCAUUCCACUCUGCUAAGGAGUUACGAGGUCGGGCAGAGCAGCUGCCAAGUGGACCGCGAUGGUUGUCUAGGGUGAUUGAAACAGCACAUCCCACGAAAUCUCCUGUGGUUCUGUACUGGCGGGAUCCUCUAGAAUGCAUCGCCAGCAUUAUUAACGACCCUUCUUUUCACAAUCAAUUCAAUUUCAUGCCUCAAAAGGUGUACUCUACCGCAGAGCGAACCUGUCGCAUCUACUCAGAC